AUGGCAGAUCAACCGCGGUCAGAGAUUAUCAAAGGCAACCCUAUUGGGAAGGGCCUUGAUGCUUUUCGCGCCUUCUUCGAUUCGAUUUGUAAAGACAGGAGUCUCGCUUGUUCAGCGAGUAUACUAGAUCAGCUCGACCGAAAAGGUAAAGACAGACCACUGCCGGUAAAAUACCCCUCUUCUGACACAUCCCGUCUGCUCCCCUCGCGUGGGAGUGGCAACAAUCUUCUCAGCGAUCUUUCGCGACUUAUUUCCGUUGUCAAUUCCGACGACCUCGACCUCAACCGCAUUAAGCCUCUUCUGAACGCCGCCCUCGCCGACAGCCCAGAUGAUGCGCUUAUUUGGGACCAAGUCUACCACGCUGUUACCGAAUCCACCCCCCCUCCCCGACCGAUAGCCUCUUCCGUCCAACAAACCCCAUUGUUCCGCAACACAAGCAGCUUCGCAAAUUCCUCGGAAUACCGCAAAUAUGUGGAUGAUGUGCUGAAGGAGGAGCUCGGCGUUAUGUACGUCGGGCUCCCCCACUUCGAUCAGACAUAUUUUGGAGACGUGGUCAAUCUCGAGACAGCGUCCGAAGCUUUUUUCAAAGAGUGCAAGGAAGGCGCCAGCCCACUCUUCAGGGCUGGCUGGACGGGCUGGCCAAAAAGUGCGAACCAGAACAAUGUGCUGAACUGGUUUGUGGUGUUCAGUGAGAGGCUGUCGACCUUUGCAGCGAGCUACAAGUCGACUAUUAUAUACCAACGAAGGCCUCUAGCAAGGCCUAACCAGCCGAUUGAUGGCUCUACUGCGCAACGCAAGAUGGAUAUCGGCUUUGUUGAUAACCCGGAUGCUGGAAAAUAUUCUCGGUGUCACUGGUCCCAGAUUCUUGUCCCAGGCGAGCUGAAGAGCAACCCGUCUGCCGACAAAACUGGGGAAGCAUGGCUUGACCUAGGGAGAUAUGCCAGAGAGGUGCUUGCUGCUCAAUACAAUCGUCGCUUUGUUUUGGGCUUUACAAUCUGUGGGUCUCUCAUGAGAAUAUGGGAGUUUGACCGCCUGGGAGGGAUCGCGUCUGAGCAAUUCGAUAUCAACAAGGAUGGAUAUCGUUUUGUAUACACGAUCCUGGGGUUUCUCUGGAUGAGUAAAGAACAGCUUGGGUUCGAUCCUACCAUCAUCACAUCCAGCAGCACACAAUACAUGGAGAUUGAACGCCACGGCCAGACAGAGCGCCUGAUCAUCGACAAGCAUAUGAAGCGCGCACCUUGCAUAGCCGGCCGGGCGACGACUUGCUGGAAAGCCCACCGUGAAGACGAUCCGCUGCAGACACCCCUUGUGAUCAAGGACUCGUGGCAAUUUGUGGAGCGUGAGGAAGAGGGGGAACUCCUUCGCGAGGCGACCGAGCGAGGUGUGAUUAAUGUAGCCCGCUACUACUACCACGAGACCGUGCAGGUACAGGGUUCCGAGGAUGAUAUCGAGAGCAAUAUCCGAGGGGGACUGGACAUCACUACGGCGACCAACUACAAGCCAGAGCCGCCGCCAAGUGCAAACCCGCCGCAGACAGGCCGCAGCGGCAGUGCUACGGGCUGCAGUAGUAACAGUACAACCAGCAGAAAGCGAUCCCUGAGCCAGACCGAUGCCCUGUCACCAACUAGCAAACGGUCCUGUCCUCCGGCAUCCCAUACAAGAUCCAGCAGCAAAGUACUGCCAAAUCGCAUACAUCGGCGCAUCAUUGUUCGCGACUACGGAAAGCCGAUCUAUAAGGCAAGCUCUCCAGCAGCUCUGCUCCGUGCGCUCGCAGGCUGCAUAGAAGGACACGAGUCUUUGCACAAGGCUGGAUUUCUUCACAGGGACAUCUCGCACAACAAUCUGAUGAUCAACGAAGACAGUAACAACCCGUCCUGGCCCUCGUUCUUGAUUGAUCUGGACCUUGCUAUCAAAGAAGAGCGAGAAGGUGCCUCGGGAGCAAAGGGAAAGACUGGAACCAGAGCCUUUAUGGCCAUUGGGGUGCUUUUCGGCGAGCAACAUUCCUUUAUGCAUGACCUCGAGUCGUUCUUCUGGGUGCUAUUCUGGAUAUGCAUUCACUAUGAUGGGCCAGAUAGCAAGGGCAGAGUAGUUGAGCGAUUCGACAAGUGGAACUACAUGGAAACGGAAGAGUUGGCGAGCUCUAAAAUAGGUGUGAUCGCCGACGAAGAAGACUUUCUUGUGGCCGCCAAUAAGAACUUCACGGACUACUAUCAGUUGCUGGUCCCAUGGGUCAAUAGACUAAGAAGGAUGGUAUUCCCAGACAGACAGAGGUGGAAGAAACCGGAGCCGGAUCUAUAUACUCAGAUGAAGGUGAUGCUCCGCGAAGCUGCAGAAGUUAUUAGCAAAUAG